AUGAUGACUGAGAUUGAGAAGAAUGAGGCUUCUAGCCCAGUUGCUGCUUCAGCACCAAGCUCAGUUGAUGAGACAAGUGAGCCUGCUGUCGUGACGCUGAAAACAUGGUUUGUUGCUUUGAUCUUAUCUUGCGGAUAUGGUCUAUCAUUCUGGCCUGUCCCUGUUGUGUCUGCGAUUGGUUCCUCGCUGUCUGCAGACAUGGGCGACGCUGAUGGUUAUAUCUGGUUUGUUCCGGCAUGGACCAUCUCCAUCACAUGCUCCUUCCUGCUCUUUGGACCAAACACAGAUCUUCUGGGUCGACGAUGGUUCCUUGUGCUUGGUAACCUGGUUACUUUUGCUGGUCACAUCAUCGUCGCUUCAGCAAAGACCUCUAACCAAAUCAUUGCUGGUUUGGUUGUCACAGGAUUUGGUGGAGCAAACUGCCAGAUGGCUGCAUUUGCCCUUCCUGAACUUCUUCCAAACAAGUGGCGACACAUCGGUGUCGUGCUCGCUGAUUCGACUGUGUACAUCGCUGUCAUUGUUGCACCCGUUACAGCCCGCUUUGGAUAUGAGAUGAAUCACUGGGCAUGGAAUUUCUGGGGACCCGCCAUUUUCCAGGGUCUGUCUUUCAUCGGACUCCUCCUGCUCUACCACCCUCCUAAGCAUCCUCUCGGUAUCUCUUACAUGGAGGCAUUCAAGUCGAUGGAUUACCUUGGUGCUUUCCUUUUCAUCGGUGGUGUCGUGCCUUUCCUCUUGGGUAUCGUCUGGGCCAAUGUCUACUCAUCCACAGACCCCCAUGUGGUGGCAUCACUAGUCGUUGGAGCAGUUGUACUCCUCUGCUUUGCUCUCUGGGAAACCUUCGGCAACCUCAAGUACCCACUUGCUCCCACAGCGAUUUUCACCAGCUCAUACGGCCGUGACUUCACUGCACCUGUUAUCGCCCUGGGAGUCAUCAACAUGUUCUACUACUCCUCAAGCAUCUUGUGGCCUGAAAUGAUUGAUGCUUUCUACACUAACUUCGAUGCGGAUUGGAGAUAUGCCGUUGUCCUAUCCCUGCCUCAAGGCCUCGGUAUUCUGUUUGGUGCUCUUCUGCUCACUUUCUUUGGUAGCUACAUCCGUAACUGGCAGUGGCAGUUAACCGGCUCCGUGUUUGUGAUGGUUCUGUUUGGAUCUCUACUUGGUUUGGUUUCGCCUCAUAACAAGGGCAUGAUGAUUGCCUUCUUGUUCCUCUCUCAGGUUGGUUUUGGCUGGGGUAUUUACCUAAGCAUUGCUAUCUGCCAAAUGGGUGUAACCCAACAGAACCUUGGUGUGAGUGGAGGUAUCUCAGGAUGUCUUCGCUUUGCGGCUGGUGCAGUUGCCACCACAAUUUACGAGGUCGUGUUUGAUAAGAGUCUUACCAAAUACAUGGACAAGUAUAUCCCAGAUGCAGUUACUGCCGCUGGUCUGUCAGACUCCAAGGUUACAGGUUUGAUGAGCGUCGUCUCCGGUGGCGCCUCCGCUCUGAGCUCCUAUAGCCCGGCAGUCGCUUCUGCUGCGGUGAGUGCUCUAGAGCAUGCCUACUGCAAAGCCAUCUUUAUCGUUGCAAUGGUUUCCAUGGCCUUUGGUAUUGUGGGACUCAUCGCUUGUCUGUGUUGCAAAGACGUUGAUGCUAAGAUGACCAACAAGAUUGAGGUCUAUCUUGAAAAUACCAAGCAGGCGGAUCGAAACACUUUCCACUAG